AAACCGUGUGAGCCUGAUAAUCCUAUAGGCGCCACAUGAACACUCGCUUCUUGCUGAUAACAAUCCGAUAAGAACUCUUUACUCACCACGCUAGCCUCGUUAAGCCAACACAUGACGAUCUCAGUCCUCGUCGUCUGCCUCGGCAACAUCUGCCGCUCUCCCAUGGGAGAAGCCGUGCUCCGCAACGAAGCCCUCAAGCGCGGCAUCACCAAUAUCCACGUCGACAGCGCUGGCACAGCUGCUGCACAUAUCGGGGAAGAUCCCGACGAACGGACUAUCGAAGUAUGCGGCACGAAAAGCGUUCCUAUAUCCCACUCUGCGCGACAAGUCCGCGCGUCCGAUUUCACGUCCUUUGACUACAUACUCGCAGCUGAUGGGUCUAAUCUGCGCGCGCUGGAACGACAUGUGGGUCGGAGGGAGGGAUCGAAAGCGGUAGUGAGGCUUUGGGGCUCUUACCUCCCAGAUAACAAGCCGAUUCAGGACCCGUAUUAUGGGGGACUGGAUGGGUUCACGGAAGUUUACGAGCAGUGCGUGAAGCUUUCAAACGCGUUUUUGGACGAGGUCGCUGGGAAGAAGAGUUAGGGGGACAAUUCAGCGGAUAAAUCUCGCAGCAGGAACG